GGCUAGAGCGGAAGGGGCGCCGCUGGCCGCCCGCGGGAACUACCAGUCCCAGGGGUCCCCGCGGCUCCGCGCACGCGCGAUGGCCCGGCGGCAGCGCCACCGCAGGACGCAGGGAAGCCAGCUAGCGAGUGGUGGCGGCGACGGCGGGCGGGCGGCGGUGGCAGUUCGCGGAGAGGAGGGUGACUGCUCCGAGGCCGGGUGGCGAUCGGGCGGAGACCUCGGUUCCUUUCUUCGCAUGAUCCUCUUAGUCUCAGUGAUCAGCCUUUGUACCUUUUUCACAUUUGAAGAUGGUGAAGUUAGACAUUCAUACUCUGGCCCAUCAUCUCAAGCAGGAACGCCUAUAUGUGAACUCUGAGAAACAACUCAUUCAGAGGCUCAAUGCAGAUGUGCUUAAGACAGCUGAAAAGUUGUAUCGUACAGCAUGGAUUGCUAAGCAACAGAGGAUUAAUUUGGAUCGACUUAUCAUAACCAGUGCUGAAGCUUCCCCUGCUGAAUGUUGCCAACAUGCCAAGAUUUUGGAAGAUACGCAGUUUGUUGAUGGAUAUAAGCAAUUGGGAUUCCAGGAGACUGCUUAUGGAGAAUUCUUGAGUCGAUUAAGGGAAAAUCCUCGUCUCAUUGCCUCCUCUCUGGUUGCUGGAGAGAAACUCAAUCAGGAGAACACACAGAGUGUUAUAUACACAGUUUUUACCUCCCUCUACGGCAACUGCAUUAUGCAAGAAGAUGAAAGCUACCUCCUUCAGGUUUUGAGAUACUUGAUUGAAUUUGAACUUAAAGAAAGUGACAACCCCAGGCGACUCUUGAGGAGAGGAACUUGUGCCUUCAGCAUCUUAUUUAAACUUUUUUCUGAAGGACUGUUUUCUGCCAAACUUUUCCUCACGGCUACUUUACAUGAGCCAAUCAUGCAGCUGCUUGUGGAAGACGAAGAUCAUCUGGAAACAGAUCCAAAUAAACUCAUCGAGAGAUUCUCCCCAUCUCAACAGGAAAAGCUCUUCGGAGAGAAAGGCUCAGAUCGAUUCAAGCAGAAGGUCCAAGAGAUGGUGGAUUCCAAUGAGGCCAAACUGGUGACUUUGGUGAACAAGUUUAUCGGUUAUCUCAAACAGAACACAUACUGCUUUCCACACAGUCUGAGGUGGAUUGUGUCACAGAUGUACAAAACUCUCUCCUGUGUAGACAGACUGGAAGUUGGGGAGGUCAGGGCCAUGUGCACUGACCUCCUGUUGGCCUGCUUCAUUUGUCCUGCCGUUGUCAAUCCGGAACAGUACGGGAUCAUUUCCGAUGCUCCUAUUAAUGAGGUGGCAAGAUUCAAUCUGAUGCAGGUCGGCCGCCUGCUGCAGCAGUUAGCAAUGACUGGCUCUGAAGAGGGGGAUCCCCGGACCAAGGACAGUCUUGGAAAAUUUGACAAAAGCUGUGUUGCUGCUUUCCUCGAUGUUGUGAUUGGGGGCCGUGCCGUGGAAACCCCUCCAAUGUCCUCUGUGAAUCUUCUGGAAGGAUUGAGCAGAACUGUGGUUUAUAUAACCUACAGUCAGCUUAUUACUCUGGUGAAUUUCAUGAAGAGUGUGAUGUCUGGAGACCAACUGAGAGAAGAUAGAAUGGCUCUUGACAAUUUAUUGGCAAACCUGCCCCAGGCAAAGCCAGGGAAAAGCAGCAGUUUGGAAAUGACUCCCUACAAUACUCCUCAGUUGUCUCCAGCAACCACUCCAGCAAAUAAAAAGAAUCGAUUGCCUAUAGGACAACAGUUAGCAGCCAUCACUGCCUGGGAUUCCUCAGCCACCAACCUUACAGCUCAUAUUACUCUAGUAACCCCGUUUGCAACCCGGAGCAGAAGCCGCACCAAUGUGCUAAUGGACUUGCAUAUGGACCACGAAGGGUCAUCUCAAGAAACCAUCCAGGAGGUGCAGCCGGAGGAAGUGCUGGUCAUUUCCUUAGGGACCGGUUCCCAGCUUACUCCAGGGAUGAUGUCAGAAAAUGAGGUCCUAAACAUGCAACUUUCGGAUGGAGGACAAGGAGAUGUCCCUGUCGAUGAAAACAAACUCCACGGUAAACCUGAUAAAACCUUGCGCUUUUCCCUCUGCAGUGAUAAUCUGGAAGGCAUAUCUGAAGGUCCUUCCAAUCGCUCCAAUUCAGUGUCCUCUCUUGACCUGGAAGGAGAGUCUGUGUCGGAACUGGGAGCAGGACCUUCGGGAAGUAACGGGGCUGACGCUCUGCAGCUGCUGGAGCAUGAGCAAGCCACCACACAGGAUAAUCUUGAUGACAAGCUGAGGAAGUUCGAAAUCCGGGACAUGAUGGGACUGACGGAUGACAGGGACAUAUCGGAAACAGUGAGUGAGACCUGGAGCACAGAUGUCUUGGGAAGUGAUUUUGACCCUAACAUUGACGAAGAUCGUUUGCAAGAAAUUGCAGGUGCAGCAGCAGAGAACAUGUUAGGCAGUUUACUGUGCCUGCCAGGGUCAGGGUCAGUGCUUCUUGACCCCUGCACUGGUUCUACCAUAUCAGAGACAACAAGCGAAGCUUGGAGUGUAGAGGUUUUGCCAAGUGACUCAGAGGCCCCAGAUCUAAAGCAGGAGGAGCGCCUGCAGGAAUUGGAGAGCUGUUCGGGACUGGGUAGCACAUCUGAUGAUACGGAUGUCAGGGAGGUCAGUUCCCGCCCCAGCACACCAGGCCUCAGUGUUGUGUCGGGCAUAAGUGCCACCUCUGAGGAUAUUCCCAAUAAAAUUGAAGACCUGAGAUCUGAGUGCAGCUCUGACUUUGGGGGUAAAGACUCUGUCACUAGUCCAGACAUGGAUGAAGUAACUCAUGGCGCCCACCACAUGACCUCUCCCCCUUCUCAAUCAGAGUCUCUGCUCGCCAUGUUUGACCCACUGUCUUCACAUGAAGGAGCUUCUGCUGUGGUAAGGCCAAAAGUCCACUAUGCCAGGCCUUCGCAUCCACCACCAGAUCCUCCGAUCCUGGAAGGGGCUGUGGGAGGACAUGAGGCCAGGCCGCCAAAUUUUGGUUCCCAUGGUUUAACUCCCGCCGAAAUGGAGGCAUUCAAGCAGCGGCAUUCUUACCCUGAGAGAUUAGUUCGCAGCAGGAGCUCGGACAUAGUAUCUUCCGCCCGGAGGCCCAUGAGUGACCCCAGCUGGAACCGCCGCCCAGGGAAUGAAGAGCGAGAGCUCCCUGCAGCUGCAGCCAUUGGUGCUACCUCUUUGGUGGCUGCACCUCAUUCGUCAUCUUCAUCCCCGAGUAAGGACUCCUCCAGAGGAGAGACUGAAGAACGCAAAGAUAGCGAUGAUGAGAAAUCAGACAGGAACAGACCUUGGUGGAGAAAGCGUUUUGUUUCUGCCAUGCCUAAAGCUCCCAUACCAUUUAGAAAGAAAGAAAAACAAGAAAAAGACAAAGAUGAUCUGGGGCCUGACAGAUUCUCAACACUCACAGAUGAUUCCAGCCCUCGGCUCAGCGCACAAGUUCAGGCCGCUGAGGACAUUCUGGACAAAUACAGGAACGCCAUUAAGCGAACCAGCCCCAGUGAAGGAGCAAUGGGCAGCUAUGACAAUGCAGGUGAUAACCGUGAGGUUGUGGGUGACGGGGAAAGUGCACACGAUUCUCCUCGGGAUGAAGCUCUGCAAAACAUCUCCGCCGACGACCUCCCGGACUCCGCGAGCCAAGCGGCCCACCCUCAGGACUCCGCCUACUCUUACAGAGAUGCAAAAAAGAAACUGAGGCUUGCUCUCUGCUCUGCGGACUCUGUUGCUUUCCCAGUGCUGAGCCAUUCAACAAGGAAUGGUUUGCCAGACCACACAGACCCAGAAGAGAAUGAAAUUGUAUGCUUCUUAAAAGUUCAAAUAGCCGAAGCAAUUAAUUUACAAGAUAAGAACUUAAUGGCUCAACUGCAGGAAACUAUGCGUUGUGUGUGCCGCUUUGAUAACAGGACUUGCAGGAAACUGCUGGCCUCCAUCGCCGAGGACUACAGGAAAAGAGCCCCCUACAUCGCUUACCUCACCCGCUGUCGCCAAGGACUGCAGACCACGCAGGCUCACCUGGAGAGGCUGCUGCAGAGGGUGCUGCGGGACAAGGAGGUGGCCAAUCGGUACUUCACCACCGUCUGCGUGCGGCUGCUGCUGGAGAGCAAGGAGAAGAAGAUCAGGGAGUUCAUCCAAGACUUUCAGAAACUCACAGCAGCUGAUGAUAAAACUGCUCAGGUAGAAGACUUCCUGCAGUUCCUCUACGGCGCCAUGGCGCAGGACGUCAUCUGGCAGAACGCGAGCGAGGAGCAGCUGCAGGACGCGCAGCUGGCCAUCGAGCGGAGCGUGAUGAACCGCAUUUUCAAGCUUGCUUUCUACCCCAAUCAGGAUGGGGACAUUCUCCGUGACCAGGUUCUUCAUGAACAUAUCCAGAGAUUGUCGAAAGUGGUGACUGCCAACCACAGAGCGCUGCAGAUCCCGGAGGUUUACCUUCGGGAGGCGCCGUGGCCAUCCGCACAGUCGGAGAUCAGAACCAUCAGCGCUUACAAGACCCCGCGGGACAAGGUGCAGUGCAUCCUGCGGAUGUGCUCCACCAUCAUGAACCUGCUGAGCCUGGCCAACGAGGACUCGGUCCCCGGGGCGGAUGACUUCGUCCCGGUGCUGGUGUUCGUGCUGAUAAAGGCAAACCCACCCUGUUUGCUGUCCACUGUCCAGUAUAUCAGCAGCUUCUAUGCCAGCUGUCUGUCCGGAGAGGAGUCCUACUGGUGGAUGCAGUUCACAGCAGCGGUGGAAUUCAUCAAAACUAUCGAUGACCGGAAGUGACCGGGACCCAGGCCAGCCAGGCAGCAGACUGUUCGGCCGGCAGACCGACCUCUAGGAAAAUGUGCCAGCUGCUCUGCAGGCGGGAGCUCGUUUUGUAUGAUACUGUACAGCGUUCAGACGUUUUAAAACAGAUCUUUACUAAACAGAUUAAUGUGCUAACAAGCAGGUUCUCUUUCCUUCGGGCUCUUCCUUUCCGAAUUGCAUAUUGUCCUUCCCUGACCCCGGGUAGAGAAUAGCACUGCACAAAGGGACCACGUUUUUCAGGUAUUUGAAAUACUAAAACCUCCUAGGAACAAAGCAGAACCUCCUAGAACAUUUUUAGAUCUCCGGAUACUCAUUUUUUUUUCCUUUUAUUGAACAAAAAAGCACCAGUAUACCCCUUUCGGGAUGCUGUGUGACCCUCUAGGGGUCCGGCGGAGGGGAUGGGCACUGCGCUGAGGAUUGAAGGUGACAAUGUGGCAUUAUCUAUAAAUACACUCACCUACAUUGAAAGCUAAGAAGGAAAUGUAAAUAUAAUAUAUAUUUAUAUUUGAUGUAAUAUGGACAUCUUCAGAUUCUAAUAAACAAGGACUAUUGCUGAUAGUA